AGUCUCACUGGAGGCCAAAUUAAUGCCAUCUAUAGUUAGUAUAUCUUUAGAUAAUGGUUAACCAUGGUGGAACAGCUGAUAUGUAACCGUUUCAAUAAGGAUAAAUCUAUUACAGGUUGAGGUAGCAACAAUGGUGGAACAGCUGAUAUCAACACAGUCAGACUAAUAUUCCAUUCUUUAACUUCUCUUAAAUUCUUUUAAUGUUGUUACUUUCCCAACUUUUUUUCACAGUUUGUUUAGUAGGGUGAGUAUCUUCAUGGCCCUGAAGAUUUGCUCAGUAAUGAACAAUUAACUGUUUUCUCCUCAAAGAAAUUGGUAUUUCUCCGACCUCUACCUGAACUGCCGACACUGGUGUAGAUCUGACUGCCCCACAGCAUAUCCUUAGUGCUUGUGCCUGGACUCUAUCUAAUUUUUGAAGAGAAGAGUAUGCAGCUGAACCAUACACUAUUAGUCCGUAUUCUAUGGCUGAUCUUAUUAAGGCUGUGGAUACGUUCCUCAAAGCAGCUUUAUCAGCCCCCCACUUAGUGCCUGCCAAGCACCUCAUACCAUUUAAAACCCUUUUACAUUUAUCUACUACUUUAUCAAUGUGAGUACUCCAUGUGACUCUCUCAUCCAACCAUAUUCCCAGAAACUUAAAUGUCUUCACUUUCUUUAGUUCUUGUCCAUAAAGUUUUAACCUAACCUCCUCACUUAUCCUUUUCCUCGUAAAAAAUAAAGUUUCAGUUUUUUCUACCGACGAUCUAAACCCCCAUGUCAGAGACCAGCUUUCAAUUUCCGUAAUGGCUUCCUGAAUCUUACAAUAUAAUUUACAUUUCUGCCCCUUUUCCAAAUAGCUCCAUCAUCUGCAAAAAGUGACUUACCAAUAUCAGAUCCUACUUGUGUGAACAUAUCAUGUAUCAUGAUAGAAAACAAAAGAGGACUAAUUACACUGCCCUGCGGGGUUCCAUUCUCAACUUCAUGCCUUCGAGAAUAUGAAUUGCCAACUCGGACUCUGAUGGCACGGGCAAACAAAAAAUCCAUAAUCCAAUUACAUACGUUACCUCCCAGACCCAUAAUGUCCAGUUUUAUUAAUAAUCCUUCCUUCCACAUCAUAAGCUUUUUCCACAUCAAAGAAUACAGCUACAACACACUCCUUGUUCGCUUGGGCUUUCCUGACUUCAGAUUCCAGGCACAACAGUGGAUCUAAAGUACUCCGCCCUCUUCUAAACCCACUCUGAUAUGGAGUCAUUCAUUUUUUUCAACAUAGUACGUCAGCCUUUCUGUUAUCAUUCUUUCCAUAAGUGCGAUGUCAGAGCUAUAGGUCUAUAACUGCCUGGACUGGUUGGAUCUUUCCCAGGUUUUCGAAUAGGAAUAAUGACAGACUCUUUCCAUAUUAUUGGCAGCUUCCCUUUCUCCCAGAUCUUAUUGUACAUCUCCAGCAGCUUUCCUAAUGCAAAAUCACUUAAUUUGGUCAACAUUAUGUAACAUAUUAUCUUUCCCAGGAGCAGUCAUUUUACACUUACUUAGUGCUUUUCUCAACUCUUGAAUAGAAAAAGGUACAUUUACAACACUCUGCGUCAAUUUCUUUCCUCAUAUAUACAUUAGGAUGUUUAGGGCAAAUGUUUAACAGAGAUCUAUUUUUUAUCAUAGUAAAUUAUAAUAUUUAUGUUUAAUUCAGUAGCAGCGUUAUUAUAAUAUAUAUUAUUAUUUGUGGUAUUAUUUUCUGUUUACUGGAUGAGUAGGGGUUUCAUUAGAUUACAUUCAAGAUUUCAACAUGACACCAACAAUUAACUUGCUCCAAAAAUUACUUAAAUUAGAUAAUACCAAUUAAUGGAUGGUCUAGAUAUAUCUAUAUAUAUAUAUAUAUAUAUAUAUAUAUAUAUAGAUAUAGACUUUAUAGAUUCCAAUAGAAGCUGCGGUGUGUUCAGACAUUAAAAUACAAAUACUUAAAAAGUGGAAUAAAGAAUUAACGAUACAAAAUUAAAUGAAACAUAUAUCAAAUAUAAACAAAAUCAAAUAUUCUGGAUAAUUAAAAUGUUCUAAAAAAGUUCAAAAUACAGCAGUACUAGGAAUAUAGGCUUAAACUACGGGAGCAUAGACACACUGUACUAGAUAUUAGAGAACGACAGAGUUAAUGAAAAUGGUUUUCAUGCUCGUGCUUUCAAAACAAACAAACACUGACAAAAUCACCGACAUGCCUCCCUUCAGGAACGGACAUAAAAACAUGCACUCACAAACACGACGCACACGCUUAAUAUGGUGCUUAAGGGUUACUCAAUAUGUUUUGAUUCUGGGUGGUUUUGUGGAUCAUCUCAUCUACAGAGCUUCGUAAAUUAAGUCUUAUUAUAAUUAUGUAUUAUACUUUUAAAGAUUAUCUCUUUAUGUUUGUUUGAUUGUUUUUGUUUUCAACUGUCAGCUUUGAAACAAUGAGCAUUCACAACAUAUUUUGUAGUUUGACAAAUAAUCAUUAAAAAGACUAACCAUGGUUUGGUUUUUUCACUUGCUCUGUCCUCAGAGUGAAGACAUGUCUGCUGCCAGCUGUCUGCUGACUGAAGAUCAGUUUCUGUGCUCCAUCUGUCUGGAUGUGUUCACUGAUCCAGUCAGCACACCAUGUGGACACAACUUCUGUAAAGCCUGCAUCUCUCAACACUGGGACACUAAAGUCCCCUAUCAGUGUCCCAACUGUAAAAAGUUAUUCUACUCAAGGCCUGAAAUGCUGGUCAACACUUUCAUCUCUGAGAUGGCUGCUCAGUUCAGACAGUCAGCUCAACAGAAAGCCAGCAGCAGCAGCUCAGAGCAACACGUUGUCAAACCAGGAGAAGUUCCCUGUGACGCCUGCACUGGAACCAGACUGAAGGCCCUGAAGUCCUGCCUGGUGUGCCUGGAGUCCUACUGUGAGACUCACCUGGAGCCUCACCUGACAAGAGCAGGCCUGAAGAAACAUCAGCUGAUCGACCCUGAGGAGAACCUGGAAGGCAGGAUGUGUGUGAAGCACGAUAAACUGCUGGAGCUGUUCUGUAAGACCGACCAGGUGUGUGUCUGCAUGCUCUGCACUGUUUUAGACCACAAGACACAUGAUGUUGUUCCUCUGAAAGAAGGAUAUGAAGGAAAGAAGGCUGAGCUGGGGAAGACAGAGGCUGAAACUCAGAAGAUGAUCCAGAAGAGACGACUGAAGAUCCAGGAGAUGAAUCGCUCAGUGGAGCUCAGUAAGGAAGGAGCAGACAGAGAGAUAGCAGAUGGUGUUCAGGUCUUCACCGCUCUGAAGGAGUCUGUUGAGAGAAGCCAGGCCGAGCUCAUCGACACCAUCAAAGAGAAGCAGAGAGAGACAGAGGAACAGGCUGAAGGCUUCAUCAAAGAGCUGGAACAGGAAGUCUCUGAGCUGAAGAAGAGAAGCUCUGAGGUGGAGCAGCUCUCACGCUCUGAAGACCAGCUCCACCUCCUCCAAAGCUUCACGUCCCUGAACGCUGCUCCACCCACCAAGAACUGGACAGAAGUCAGGGUCCGUCCACCUUCAUAUGAGGGGACUUUGAGGAGAGCUGUGACUCAGCUGGAGAAGACGCUCAGUAAUCAGAUGAAGAAGCUGCUCUCUGAGGUGGAGCUGAAGAGGGUCCAGCAGUCUGAGGUGGAGGUGACUCUUGAUUCUGAUACAGCACAACCAUGGCUCAUCCUGUCUGAUGAUGGAAAACAAGUCAACUGUGGUGAUGUGAGGAAGAAUCUCCCAGACAAUCCAGAGAGAUUUGAUUUGUGUGCUUGUGUCUUAGCAAAGCAGAGUUUCUCUUCAGGAAGAUUUUAUUACGAGGUUCAGGUUAAAGGGAAGACUGAGUGGACUCUAGGAGUGGUCAGAGAGUCGAUCAACAGGAAGGGAAAGAUCUCACUGACUCCUCAGAAAGGUUACUGGACGAUAGUGUUGAGGAAUGAAAAUGAGUACAAAGCAUUUGCUAGUCCUUCAGUCCGUCUCUCUCUGAAGUCUCAGCCUGAGAAGGUGGGGGUGUUUGUGGAUUAUGAGGAGGGUCUGGUCUCCUUUUAUGAUGUUGAUGCUGCAGCUCUGAUCUACUCCUUCACUGGCUGCUGCUUCAAAGAGAAACUCUACCCAUACUUUGGUCCUUAUAACAACAAUGAUGGUAAAAACUCUGCCCCUCUGAUCAUCUCUCCUGUCAAUCACACAGAGUAGAACAACCCUUUGAUUUGAAAUCAGGUUCAAUAUCAUGUAAUGUUAUAAAUGGAUGUGUUUUAGGGGAUGGGCGUUGUUUACACUUUAUUAUCAGAUUGUGAUCAAUGCAUUUUUUUCUGUAAAUAUUUUUCAUUGAGGGACUGCGGAUGGAAAUUAGCUCAAAGCUAAAUCUGGCACUGUUACGCUUGACACAUUUCAAUGUUUUAAGUGUUCAUCACUGUGCAUUGUCCCUGCCAAAUAAACGAUUAAAUUAAAAAAAUGACAACAUAUUCAAAAUGAGAAGCAUUUGUGCUUUCCUAACAUGUCUUGAUGCUAAAUCUAACAUUGUAUUGUCUAAUCAUUGUAUAUAUAGGAAAUGUUGCAUAUAGGCUCACACAACUGAAGAACAUUUUAUGAAUAAGUCACAAAAAAAAGUAUUGUUAUCUAUUUUCAUUGGAAUAAACAAAGUAAAAUGAA